AUGACACAUGAAGCAACACUUGUAUUAACCUUUGCUGGAGUGAAUUUCCCCAUUGAUUGUUUAAAUGGAUGUAGAUUGGCUAUUACUGCUAGAAAUGAAAAUUCUGAAAAUUAUGUUGAGAUUGGACAGACCGAAACAAUUUCAAGUUUAAAUCCUAAAUUUGAACGGAAUGUUGUGUUUGUAUUUCGUUUGGAUCUUGAACAACAAAUUUGUUUGAUAGUAUAUUCUGUAGAUCACAAAACCGAAGUAAUUCAAAGGAAAAUAGGCCAGUCUAAUUUCAAUUUGUUUUCAAUUCUCCAUGGAGUCUCUGAAUCUCUUCAAAUCCCACUUAUUUUGGACCAAGAAAUAAAAUCUUCCCAGCCUUCAUUUAUUCAAUGUGCGGUUUCACAGCCUGGAAAUUGCGGGGUUAAUUCUGGAACAGUUUUUCAAUUUAUUGGGCAUAAUAUGGACAAUUCUGGCCUCAUUCCUUCGCCUUAUUUUUUACUUGAACUUGUUCCCACCAAUAAUGUUGAAGAAUCCUCUCCAUUACCUAUUUUACUUUAUAGAAGCGAAUUUUGUAAUAAAAAUGCGAAUCCUCGUUGGAAAGAAUUUUUACUCCCCUCUCAAUUUUUUCCAUCAUCGGCUGAUUGGUCUCUGAGGAUUUCUUGUUUUAAUUAUGCUUAUAAUCAAAUUGAGGGUGAUCAAUUGAUUGGGCAGGCUUUUACAACUUUUUAUCAGUUAAUUGGAAUGAAUUCAGUCAAAUUUUUGCUCAGAACUGGACAUAAAAACAAAGACCAGAAUCCUUCCAUUGAACUUGUUCGUGUCAGUAAUGAACCUGUGCCUUCCUUGAUUAACUUAAUUAAAUCUGGCCAUCAAUUUUAUUCAACUAUAGCAAUUGAUUUUACUUCGAAUAAUGGAGGGCCAAAUUCUCCUGAUUCUCUACAUUUUAUUCAUCCACACAUAUCUAAUGCUUAUUCGCAUGUUUUAGAAGGUGUUUCAACAACUUUUUCUAGAAUUGAUAAAUUGCGAAGAAUAGCUUUGCUAGGUUUUGGUGCUAAAUUACCUCCAUCUUUUCAAUUUUCAAAUCUUUUUGCUCUGAAUGGUAAUUUGGACUCUCCUUGGCUUAGAAGCACUCCAGAUAUCUUAAAUUGCUACAAAAACUUUUCUUUAUCUCUUUUGCCAUUUGCACCUACACAAUAUUCUCAAGUCAUUCAUUAUGUUAUCAAAUUGGCAAAAGUCGCGCAGAAGGCUCAAGCAAGCAUUCAUUUUUCACUUAUAAUUUUAACUAAUGGGCAGCUUAGGGAUCCAAGUGAUACUAUCGAUACCAUUGUUGAGGCUUCUUUCCUUCCCAUCUCAAUUUUCUUUGUUUCAAUUGGCAACAAUUCACACUCAACAGGAGAAACAAAUUUGCGAAGGUUGUGUUCACCAACAAUAAAAUCAACUAAAAAUAUACCUUUACAAAGGGAAACUGGUGAAUAUUUUUUUUUAAAUUACUUUAAAUUAAUUUAA